CGCCACUCGCUAACCUAAGCAGUCCCACUUCGCCGCCGACAUCAUCCACCACUCGUCGUGAAGGGGCUUUCUGCAUCUACACCAGAUGGUUCGCUAGUGUAAUGCUGGCGCACCCCAUAUUUUGCACAUGUCAUAUCUUCUAUUCGGUUCACGAGCAGGAAGAAAUCAAAGAACCUCUCUUUAGCUGCGUCGCCGUCGUCAACCUCGUGGAUCCCACGUCAACUCAAACAUCUACAAAGUCUUGUGGCGAUAAAUACAAGAGGCUCGACGGGAGCUUCUACCAAGCCUCUAUCCUCACCCUGGGCCCUGGUCAAAAUCCAAUGCUGUCUUCACUUCUGAUAGUUUCUGCCAUUCUUCUCCCGAUUCUUGCAUCUGCAGAAUACUCCUGUGACUCAGGAAUAACCAUGUGUUGCUCCAACACCACGACUACAAACACAACAACCGCUGAAAAAAUCAUCGCUGCAUAUUCUAUCAGCGAGUUUGGGUUGAGCGGUCUUAUUGGCUACGGAUGCAGUACUAUCAACACCACGGAUAAUGGAAGCGUUUCAGCGUGUAUCAACGAGACUGCUUGUUGCACCGGGCAGUACUAUGGUGGUGGGAUUGCUGUCAAUUGUACCGCCACCGUGAGCGUGUAAAGGCGCAUGAACUUUCCCCUGGAGAAACGUUGCUUUGACGCCCAAUUCGAAGGAGUGUAAUCUACCUCUGUUGUUUGUGCUCGAGGAUCUCGUGUAUUUUGAAUCAUGAUUAUGAUUUAUCUCCUUUCUCUUGCGUUACAUUUAUAUCUUGCUGAAUUGUUCAGACAUGGAAAAUCGUGAUAUGCUCCUAUGAUACAGUGCA